AUGAAUAUCUUCUCUUUUCGCUCCUAUCCCCCCCCUCCAAUGAUAAUAGUGAUAUUAAAAACUGAAAUAUUUUCCAUUUCUAUAUUACAGUGUAGUUUAACGGAGGUAACAAAUGCUGGCUGGAGUUUGUCACAAAAGACAUUUACAGAAUAUUUAAAGAAAACAGAACAUGAAACUUAUGAUGAGUUGAUUACUUUGUUGUUGAAUUCGGAUAUUCGUGAAUUUGGUUCACCAUGGCUAGGAGAUUUAAAAAAGGCCAGUCAUCUUGAAGCGAAUGGUCGAAUUGUUCAGCUGACUCGAUUACGCAAUAUUAGUAUACCACAAGCUACAGAAGAUCUCAUGUUAAAUAGUUCAUCUGAUCAUCGUGGACCAUGUUUAUUACGAUUUACUUUUACUGAUGGUCGUAAUCAAAUAUUUGGUUUAGAUAUGCAGAAUAAAUCAGAUUUGAAUAUAGAUAUUCCACCUGGAACAAAAUUUCGUCUAAUUGGUUCAAUUCCAUUAGUAAUGGGAUUUUUAUUAUUAUCUAAAAAGCAUAUUGUGGUACUUGGUGGAACUGUUAACAAUUUAAUACGAGAAUGGAAUAUGACUAAGUUUCUUAAAGGAACAGAUAAUCGUUUAAUAGGUAGUGGUGCUCCGAUGUUUGUACCGUUUGGUAGUCGUGAAGCUUCUUGCCUUAUUCAAACAGAAGGGAAAUUUCUUAAUCAAUUACGAUCGGAUCGAGAGCGUAAUCAAAUGAAAUUUGAUUCAUUUCAAAUGAUUACCAAUAAUCGUAAUGAAGAUCAAGAAGAAAGUGAAUUACAAACUUUAUUUAAUGAACAUCGUAAAGAAGUAUUAGCUGAAUUGAAAUCAUCAACAACAUUAUGUAAAUCUCAUAAUUAUAUUAGUGGUAAUGAUCAUGAGGAUGAUGUUCCUAACAAUAUCAAUAAUACAAAUGAUCAUCAAAGAAUCUUUUCUGGUAAUAAACCAAGACGAUUUCGACCAGGUUUAUCAAGAUUUUAUGAAAUUCAAUCACAAAAAUCCAUGGAAUAUGAUAUAUCUCUAACAAAAUUAUUAUCAUUAGGUUAUCCAUAUCAAAUAGCUAAUCGUGCAUUAAGGGAUAAUCAUAAUAAUUAUCAAGUUGCAUUAGAUUGUUUAUUAUCUAAAUCGACAUCACUGAUGCAUAUUGAAGAUAAUUCAAUAAUAAAUAAUCAUAUUACAAAUAAUACAUCACGUGGAAUUCGUUCACGUGGUGUUACUGGUCGAGGAUAUGAACGUGGUCAUCGUGGCAGUGGUCGACAUGAUUCUGAUGGUGGAUAUGGAUUUAAUUCUAAUCGAUUUCAGUCUUCUAUUGGAACUACAGAUGAUCAUAAUACAUUGCUGAUUCGACCAUCAACAGGACUUACUCGUUUGGAUGAUUUAAUUGUUGAAUCAAAACCAAUAACAACAUCGAAUACUGCAUUAUUAUCAUCAUCAUCUUCAACAUCAACGAUUAUAUCCAAAACUUGUAUUCUACCGGUUGGUUGUCCAAUUCUAGCACAAAAUAUAUCUGGUGAUUAUGAAGAAGCACAAUUAAUUGGUCAUUUCUCUACACAACAAUUUAAAACAUUCAAUGGUAGUAAUAUCACUAUUGAUAAUAAUAAGGGUUCAGGAGAGAAAGUUGUACUUGUUAUUUAUCAUCAUCAACAUAAGAAUAACCCUGAAUUAAUUGUAGAUGAAGAAGAAAUUGUACCUAUCAGUUUGAUAAGAACAUUAAAUAAAGAAAAGAUUACUAUAGAUAUGGUACCUGCUGCACCAUUGGAUAAAAUACGACCAUAUUGUGUACAAUCACAAUCAGAAUAUAAAGAUGUUAAUCAAUAUGAUGAAAUUCCUUCUACUGAUUAUGGUUUAACAGGUCGACCAUAUCAAUCUAAUAGAGGACGUAGAGGUGUUGGUGGUGGUGGUGGUAGUCGUAAUCCUAGAAUGUUCAACGCUGGAAGAGGUAGUAGUGCUGGUGGUAGGCGUUCACGUUAUAGAAAUAAUCACUUCUGA